AGCAUAAGGUAGCAGAUGCUUGAGCAUGGCCUGCUGCCCACCGCCCACCACCAUCAGCCAGGAGGAGUACCGCCAGGACCUGAUCCCAUACCUGAGCGGCACCAGCACCAGCACCAGCAGCAGCAGCAGCAGCAGCAGCAGCAGCAAGAGCGGCAGCUGGAGCGGCGCAGGAGCAGGCAGCAGCAGCAUCAACUGCUGCGUGAUCUGCCCAAAAUCAAGAUCGAGAUUGGGGCCCAGGAACAGGAGCAGGACCCAGAGCAACACCAGCAGCAGCAGCCCACCACCUCAGCUUCUGUUACUGUAGUUGUGUUCAAAACAAUGUUACCUGAUGACUGA